AAGAGUCCCACAUACACAAUGCUGAGGUGGCAAUGAUCGGUGAAGAGACUUAAACCCUACUGAAAAAAAUGAAAAAGAAUGUGAAGGCAGACAUCUUCUUCCUCUUUAACCCACUAAAACCGGAACUCAACUCAACUGGGAGAAGACAGUUUCCCAAAACCUUAAAAUCCACGAAAAAACAUAAAAAACAGACACCAUGUAUAGAGUUGCUCUUUCACGUUUCAGGGCUCUCAAGGGCCGUUCCGGUAAUUUAGCAGCUGCACGUUAUGCGACUUCGAGUGCCGUUGCUCCUCUGGACACACCAUUAGACAGCGUUUCCCUUCCGCCACCACUACCUGAUUACGUAGCACCUAGUGAAACUAAGAUUAAAACCCUAUCCAAUGGUGUGAGAAUAGCCUCAGAGCAAUUACCGACUCCUGCUGCCUCAAUCGGCUUAUUCAUUAAUUGUGGUUCCAUUUACGAGACACCAAUAUCAUCUGGUGCCUCCCACUUGCUCGAGCGAAUGGCAUUCAAGAGCACGACGAACCGUAGCCACUUGCGUGUUGUUAGGGAAGUCGAGGCAAUUGGAGGUAACACAUUAGCCUCGGCCACUAGGGAGUGCAUGACGUACACCUUUGAUGCCCUUAAGACCUAUGUACCCGAAAUGGUAGAAUUGCUUAUUGACUGUGUGAGGAACCCUGCUUUUUUGGAAUGGGAAAUUAACGAAGAGUUGCAAAAGAUUAAAGCCGAGCUUGAGGAAGUUUCAAAAAAUCCCGAGCGCUUAAUUUUGGAGGCAGUUCACUCUGCUGGUUACUCUGGUGCACUGGCAAAUCCUCUCUUGGUUCCCGAGUCAGCAAUAGACAGAUUGAACAGCGACAUUUUGGAAGAAUUCGUUACUGAGAACUAUAAGGGGAAUAGAAUUGUCCUGGCAGCUUCCGGCAUUGAACACGAAGAGCUUUUGCAGAUUGCCGAGCCCCUUCUUUCUGAUCUCCCAGCUGGACCCCCUCUAAACGAACCGAAAUCUGUUUAUGUUGGUGGCGAUUUUUGUCGCCGAGCUGAUUCAUCGAGUACCCAUUUCGCUCUUGCUUUUGAAGUACCUGGUGGUUGGAAUAAUGAGAAAGACACUGUCGCUCUGACUGUACUGCAGAUGCUCAUGGGUGGUGGUGGCUCGUUUUCAGCUGGGGGUCCCGGGAAAGGGAUGCACUCUCGGCUAUAUCUCCGUGUAUUGAACGAGUAUCAGCAGAUUCAUUCCUUUUCUGCAUUCAAUAGCAUCUUCAAUAACACGGGAUUGUUUGGCAUCUAUGGCAGCACGAGCUCCGAUUUCGUGUCAAGGGCCGUUGAGAUAGCAGCAGAAGAAUUACUUGUGUUGGCAACUGAAGGAUCAGUUUCUCAGCUAAUGAUAAAACGUGCUCAAGAGGCUACAAAAUCGGCAGUACUAAUGAAUCUAGAAUCUAGAAUGAUUAUAGCGGAAGAUAUCGGAAGGCAGAUUUUGACAUACGGUGAAAGGAAAUCCGUAAAUGCGUUUUUAAAGAUGGUGGAUGAAGUCACGUUGCGCGAUAUUACCAACAUGGCUAAGAAGAUUAUAUCCUCGCCUCUAACCAUGGCAUCUUACGGUGACGUUUUUCGAGUCCCCAGCUACGAAUCAGUUAGCAGCAAGUUCCGUGCUAAAUAAUUUGCGCCAUGAAUUGCAAGCCGGAGAUGAAGUUUACCGUGGCAGCACCAACACCUCACCACAGCCAUCUCCUUAUACUUCCCGCUCCCCCUAGGUUUUUUUAACUUCCUAAUUUUGCCGGUCGCUGAAAAUUAAUGAGCCGUCUCAGUUUUGAACUCGGAUUAUCAGGUUGCAAGAAUCGGACCUUGAGAAAUAUUGUUUGUUUGCCAAUUACUGGCUCAUAGAUUAAGGGCCCGGAAGUUUCCUAAACUCAAAUUUUCAGUGUUUUGCAUUACAUGCAUUUAAACUGUUUGUAGAAAUGUUUCUGCGAAAGCUAAGACAUAAUAAUGGCAUUUUUAUUGGUUCCAUGGGGAGAUGGGAACCAUCUACAUUAGCCUAA